UCAGCGCCCUCUAAUCUUCUUCAUCAAUGGCUGCACUAACCAACACAUAUCUGAGAAAACAACUGUAACGUGUCUUUUCUCACAACAGUGAACACUCCAUGACUCCCCAUUGCCUUCUUCGUUAUCCUCCUUCCUCAUUCUCAUUCUCAUUCUCAUCGCUAAACCCCAAAUUCACAAGGCUUCCCAAAACCUCUUAUUCCCGUUCCAUUUCGUCGCGAAUUCAAACCCCAGAACCCGACAAUGAUGACAAGGAAAAAAACAGGGACAACUACCUCAAUUUCCUCAAACUGUCGGUAACCCUCACCGUUAUCUCCGCUUCUCUCCCACAACCCACCGCUCUGGCAGCCGCCGUCACCGACAAGGGGAAGAAACGUGCACCCAGAAAAUCAUCCACGAAAAAGAGCGAAGCCUUAUCGCCGGAGGAGCUGAAAUCAUGGAAUCAGGGGCUUCCCGUGGUAUCUGAUCGCCUUCCCUACAGUGAAAUCGUGGAACUGAAGAGAGCUGGGAAGCUUAAGCACAUAAUUAAGCCUAGUUCUGUGCAUUUGAGGCAAAGGGCUGAGGCAGUUUUCGUGGUUUUGGAUGAUUCUAGAGUGUUGAGGACAGUGUUGCCAUCAUCUGAGAGUGAUAGCAAGUUUUGGGGUUCAUGGGAUGAGUUGAAGGUUGAUUCUUUGUGUGUGAAUACCUACACACCGCCCCUUAAGAAGCCUGAGUUGCCUGUUCCUAUGUUGUCGAGGAUUUUGAUGCCCCCUAUGAUGGUGAAAUUUUGGAGUUCGUUUGCAGAUAGGAAACCAAAGAAGGAAUCAAAGAAGGCUGCGGAGUUUAGGGAAUAUAGGAUGGAGUUGCAGAGACAGAAGAAAGAGGAAAUGAAGAGGUUGAGGGAAGAGAGGGAAAUGAUGAGGAGGAGUAUGAAGAUUCAGCAGAAAGAGGAGGAGAGGAGAAGAAAGAAAGAGAUAAGGAAGAGGAAGUAUCAGGAAUCAUUGGUUGAUGCAAGGGAUAGAUACAUGAGAAUGGCUGAUGUUUGGUCUGAUUUGGCAACCAAUCCAAAUGUUGCUAAUGCGCUUGGGUUGGUUUUCUUCUACAUUUUUUAUAGGACUGUGGUUCUUAGUUAUAGGAAGCAGAAGAAGGAUUAUGAUGACAGGCUCAAGAUUGAGAAAGCAGAGGCUGAUGAGAGGAGGAAGAUGAGGGAGUUAGAGAAGGAGAUGAAUGGGGCUGAAGGUGAUGACGAUGAUGAUGAGAGUGAGCAAGGGAAAGGGGAGGAGGAUAAUGCUUAUUUGAAAAUGGCUAAGCAGUUUAUGAAAUCAGGGGCACGUGUUCGAAGAGCGCAGAACAAAAGGCUUCCUCAGUAUCUGGAGAGAGGUGUGGAUGUGAAGUUUACUGAUGUUGCUGGGCUGGGUAAAAUACGGCUUGAACUUGAGGAGAUUGUGAAGUUCUUUACUCAUGGAGAGAUGUACAGAAGGAGGGGAGUGAAAAUACCAGGUGGCAUUCUUCUUUGUGGCCCCCCUGGAGUGGGAAAGACAUUGCUGGCAAAAGCAGUGGCUGGUGAGGCAGGGGUUAAUUUCUUCUCUAUUUCUGCUUCACAGUUUGUGGAAAUUUACGUUGGUGUUGGGGCUUCUCGUGUCCGAGCACUCUACCAAGAAGCCAAGGAAAAUGCUCCAUCUGUUGUCUUCAUUGAUGAGCUGGAUGCUGUAGGAAGGGAGCGUGGCUUGAUUAAAGGUUCGGGUGGACAGGAACGUGAUGCUACUCUUAAUCAGCUCCUGGUGUGCUUAGAUGGAUUUGAAGGAAGGGGUGAGGUGAUCACCAUUGCAUCCACAAACCGACCAGACAUUCUGGAUACAGCACUUGUGAGACCUGGUCGGUUUGAUCGGAAAAUAUUUAUCCCCAAGCCUGGCCUCAUUGGUCGCAUAGAAAUUCUAAAGGUCCAUGCUCGUAGAAAGCCAAUGGCUGAAGAUAUAGACUAUAUGGCCGUUGCUAGUAUGACUGAUGGAAUGGUUGGUGCAGAGCUGGCCAACAUAGUUGAGGUUGCUGCGAUCAAUAUGAUGCGGGACUCAAGGACUGAGAUUACUACUGAUGACUUAUUACAAGCUGCUCAAAUGGAAGAAAGAGGAAUGCUAGAUAGAAAGGAGAGAAGCGGAGAGGUUUGGAAACAAGUAGCUAUAAAUGAAGCUGCAAUGGCUGUUGUGGCUGUGAACUUUCCUGAUCUAAAAAAUAUUGAGUUCGUCACAAUUGCUCCUAGAGCUGGUAGGGAUCUGGGUUAUGUUCGGGUGAAGAUGGAUUCAGUCAAAUUUAACGAAGGAAUGCUCACUCGACAAUCCCUCCUCGAUCAUAUUACUGUUCUACUAGCUCCCCGUGCAGCUGAUGAAAUUUGGUUUGGGAGUGGUCAGUUGAGUACGAUAUGGGCUGAAACUGCAGACAAUGCUAGGUCUGCUGCAAGGACAUUUGUUCUAGGUGGGCUUUCCGAGAAGUAUCAUGGAAUAUCCAAUUUCUGGGUGGCAGACAGAAUUAAUGAAAUUGAUUUGGAAGCAUUGCGGAUUGUCAACGUGUGUUAUGAACGUGCAAAAGAGAUCCUGCAGCAAAACAGAACGCUGAUGGAUGCUGUGGUGACUGAACUUGUUGAGAAUAAAAGCUUAACCAAACAAGAAUUCUUUCAUCUAGUAGAGUUGCAUGGCUCCCUAAAACCAAUGCCGCCUAGCUUACAUGACAUUCGGGUUGCCAAGCGUAGAGAAUUCCAAGAAUUGAUUAAUAAUGGGAAGGAGACAGCUUUAAGGAGCCACGCCUAACAAUUAGGGGCAAAUACCCCUCCAAUUUUGGGAAAUGUCAACUAUAUGCAUAUUAUUGAUGUAUUAUAUUCUUUACUAUACUUACACCUCUAUGGAGUAUGUACAUAUUCUUUUUUGGGUUUUCAGGGAGUUAGCAUUUGCUGGAGUAUGUACAAUCUGAUCUUUUCUUUUUCGGGGCCAUUCCUGAGCUUUUGUUCAAGUACCUCUAAUUUCUAUGGACUUCUGAUUACGCUUUU